UUUAAGAGUAAAACAUGGUGGAUUUCAAAAUUUAACUAGAAAGAAAAGUUCCUGUGAAAAUUCAUGCCACAAGCUGUAAAACUGAAAAAAUGAUCACAAAUUAAAAAAAAAAGGGUGAGAACAAUGGCCAAAAAUACCCGAGGAGGGAGCAAGGGUUCAAACCUGGAACCUGAAAUGAAAGCCUGAAAAGGCAACAGUUUGUGGGACCGUCUACAUAAACUGAGAAAAGAAAAACUGCCAUAAAAUUUCAUAUAAACAUUUUUUUUGAUCACAUUUGAUGCAGAAGGCAUUUCUGGCAAUAGAUAAUCUACCGGAGGGCAUUUUCAUCUUUUAUCUGAUUUUAUACUAAAGGUUUUUAAGGUAAUUUUUGAUCAUAAAGAUUCAACAGAGGUCUCUCACAAUCAUGUAUCAGACAUGAUAGAAUUGGCUUUAAAGGGUUAAAAAUGGCCUGAGAGGUCUAGGAGAGUUCAGAGUAGCAGUGAAAAGCUCUGGAGUUGAUCAAACUGUGGACCAUGUGACUUUUGUAAACCAGGACUGUUUUAUUCCAAGUAACUGAAUGGUUGCUUUUUGGGAACAAUACCGUUCCUCCCUGCAAACUUCACGUUUAUUUUUCUCAUGGAACCUCUCAGUGAAAUGUCUCUGGAGAGGAUGAAUCCGCCGUCUGCUGGGGUUGCAGCCAUCUUCAUCAUUGAUAUAUUCCCCUGGACUUUUUCCAUGGCAAAUGAAACCCUUAAAACCAAAUCCUAGAGGAAGGGGAUGACCUUCUGAGUCCAUCAUCACCUCAUCAGAAUGACAUGAAGGUCUGGAGGUGACCAGGACGGCUGAAGCCUUCUGUGGACGUCAUAGAAACAUAGAAGAGCAAAGGAUCAUGAUGGCUACCAGAAAACCAACAUUCCCGGCUGACUGGUGUUACGGCCUGAACAGAAAGGUUGCAGUAGAGGCUGAGAACAUCUGUUGAGUUUUAGAAAAUCCUCAUUCAUUGUCAUUUAAUUUGACCACGUAUGUGAACCAUGCUAGUGACACCUAAGGCCGACACGUCUUCACAUGGACUGAUGGUGAUGUGAAGAUGGGAUUCCUCAGAGCUUGGUUGGCUCAGUACUAAACAGCUGGACCGUUGUAAUCAUGCAUUCAGAACUGUUUCUAUGAUUCGUUUCAACAGGGGGUUCAUGGUGUGUUCAAGUCCUAGAUGCCAGUCAGAUCCGCCCCCUGAAUCUCUGCUGAGGUCACUAUUCCAGCUCAGUGUUGGAGGAGCUUUAAUGACCAUAGCUGGAACACUGAUGGUGUUCAUUCCCAACACUGAACUUCCAUCACCAUGGUUCCCUUUGACCUUUCUGUCCUGGUGUUCUGUCAUUAAUGUAGACUGAUGAGAGGAAAGCUGUAGUUCUCAUCUGUAUGCACUGACUCUCAGAGAAACAGUGUAAAAACCACUUUUUACUUCCUGCUCGUCAUUGUCUAUGUUGUUCUCCAAAGUUACUCUUUUUUUUUUAAUUUCCCUAAUUUUCUGAAAUGCUUUUAUGACUGCCUGAAGAACUGUGCUGUUGCUCUGUGUUUCAGGACAUUGUGAAUAUUUAUCACCAUGUUUCUGACAUAUUUUUAAGCCUUGACAAUGUUGGAAACAGUUUAGGGUUGAAUGUUUCUACCAGCAGCUGUUAGAGAGGAAUAAAAGUUUGUGUCUUCACUUGUAGUCCUUAUUAGUCACACAGAUGCUGUACUGUUGAAUGUAUAGGAGAGCUAGUUUCAUGGUAAUAUUUCUGCUGUUGUAUGAGAAUGUCAUCUACUGACAGAAGUCAACCCUGUCAAAUAAAUGGACCCAUCUGAAGACACCCCUCAUCUCUGUCUUUAUUUUAGCUUGUUGAUUGGUCGACUUUUGUUUUUUCUAAUUUGUUCCCUUUACACACCACUUAGAUGAAAACGUUGGUUUGAACUGAUUAAUGAACCAGUAAAAUAAAAACCAGCCCUCCUCCUCUGAUGCCCAUGAAAACAUUCAUGCUUCUGUCCACCAGGUGAACUUUGGCCGUUCUGAUCAUCCCUCCAGGAUUUUAAAUGAUUUUUAAUGAAACAUUUUCAACACCAUUCCUACUUUUACUGAGACAGCAGUCUGAAUGUUCAGAAGCAUGGCAGCAGGCUUUAAGGGUGCGCUUGAUUCAACACACAGCACACACGUUCAAACCCCUGUAUUGCUGUAUGCUAGAGGUGAGUAUUGGCAAGAACCUCACGAUACGAUAUGCAUCACGAUACUUGGGUCACGAUGCGAUAGUAUCACAAUAUAUCAGGAUAUCAUGAUAUUGUGAUAUAUUGCGAUAUUCUACACAGUUAACUAAGAAAAAUAUAGAGAUGAUGUAUAUGUAAAUCACACAAUAUGUUGGUGAUGUUCCCGCUAUAUUUCACGGCAGCAAGACAGAGCUUGCAAGCGACAUUUCCUUUCUUUAACUCGCUGUUUGUCGUAUUUUACUAACAACUUGGCUAAAAUAUGAAUUUUUAUUUUUUACCAAAAAAUUGAUAUUAAGAGUUGAAGUAUCGAUAUGGUAUCGGAUAUCAAAGUAUCGCGAUAUAUUGCCGUGUCGAUUGGUUUUCACAGCUCUACUGUAUGCAUGCUGGCAGUGAGCAUGUGCAAUAAAAACCUGACAUGAAUCAGCAGAUCCUGGUUUCCCAGGCUUGUGUGAACAUGCAUGAGUGGGCUGGUGGCCGCUGUGUGGAUGUUAGUGGAGCAGAAAUUCAGACUACCUUCAUAAGCCUUCCUUCAGAGUAGGGGAUCCACGUACCACAUAUGAGGCCAACCACAGAAACAUCAGCCAUGGCUGCCGGGCUCCAGUUCAGUUUCUGACUAAAUGUUUGAGCUCCUUCAUAAGUUUUAGACAUAAAUAAAACCUUAGUUAUUAGUAAAGACAAAUGUGCAGAGGAGCGCUGUACACCAGUCAGCUGAUGUUUAUCAUAAUGAGCUAAUCCAGAUUUAGGAUGAUUGUUCACACACCACACUUUAAUCCCUUUAUUCAACAAAUUCACAGAGAAUAAUUUUUAGCCAGUCAUUUCAGGCUCUUACACCAGCACAGGAAGUUAGCAGGGCAGCAUUUUCAGCUGAUGUUUUCUGGGACCAAAGCUUGGCUCCUGAUGAGCACAUGUCUGACCAAUCACAGGGCUUUGUAGUUGUAAGGCAGGCAGAGGAGCAUCGUCAAAAACACGUGAUGAUUUAUGACUAAUUAAUAUUAUAUUGCCUUGAAAAAUCUGAGACAGACAGCGACAUCUGUCUAUGUGAACAAAAUCCACCAUGCACACAGCUGGAGCUGUUUCCAACCCAACAGGACUCAAUCCAAAGAUGAAAUUCAACAUCUGGUCUGACUUCAGACAUACGGCUGCUCCUGACCUUAGCCUCCUCCUCUGCACAGACACAAACAUCUGAGCAGAACCUUGGGUUAGGGUCAGGGUUAGCUGAGCAGAACCUUAGAGUUAGGGUUAGCUGAGCAGAACCUUAGAGUUAGGGUUAGGGUUAGCUGAGCAGAACCUUAGAGUUAGGGUUAGCUGAGCAGAACCUUGGGUUAGGGUUAGGGUUAGCUGAGCAGAACCUUGGGUUAGGGUUAGGGUUAGCUGAGCAGAACCUUAGGGUUAGGGUUAGGGUUAGCUGAGCAGAACCUUGGGUUAGGGUUAGGGUUAGCUGAGCAGAACCUUAGGGUUAGGGUUAGGGUUAGGGUUAGCUGAGCAGAACCUUAGAGUUAGGGUUAGCUGAGCAGAAACUUAAAGUUAGGGUUAGGAUUAGCUGAGCAGAACCUUAGGGUUAGCAUGUAGCUAUAGUAACGCGGCAGUUUAAUCAGAACAGAACCACACUUCUUUUCUAAAACAAGCGCAAAGAGCCACACUAAAGUUUUCACACUUCUGCAUACCAGCUGGUGUUACGUCACAGUAGCGAUUAGCGUGGAGGUAGCUGUAGAAAAGCAGCAGUUUAAUCAGAACCAAAGACACUCAGUCUGUUUUCUUUGUUUUUCAAAUUUUUCGCACAUUAAAAUGUUCUAAUCAUGUUUGAAGCUGAAAUUUCCGUCUGUCAUCAUUUUCUUCAGAACAGGUUGAUUUUUAUACCAAAUUUUGCAUCAAUACAAGUCAUUUCAACGGGUGAUUGAUGAUUCAGACUGCCCGCUGCUUCCUCCUCGCUUGCUCGCCGUCACCCAGCCCCACCCUCUCUCUCUCCCUCGCACUGAAACCUUCAACACCAGAGUUUGCUCAUCUUUAUGUGGAUAUCAGCCAUGGAAAUAUAACAGAUGAAGUGAGAAGUCUACUCACAGGUCAUGACGGGUGAAUAGUGAAGUUCUCCCUCUCUGACUCGUCUCAGCGCGCUGACGCGUGAGCUGUACGAAGCUCUGUCAGGAUGGAUCCAGAGGGAUCUUAUGUGUGACAGAGCCGCAGGCUCGCAGUACCAAACUAUUCCUACAAUCCCAAAGUUUCCAUAGUGAAGAGAAAAAAAACGCUUAGCAAACCCAGUGUGUCAAGAGAACAGCUAAAGGUCAUGUGGCACGUAUCCGUGCCACAAGCAUGCCCUAGGGAAUGAUACACACCUCCUUAUAUGGGCGUCCUGGGGGGUUAUAGGUCACAUCUCCAGGCUUUAUAAAAUGCAUUUUCCCGCCUUAUGUGUAACAGAGUCACAUCUGUGAUAAAAACUUUCUGACGGUGUUGGAUGGUAAAAGAGACUCGUGUUCUUUAGGUUGAUUAACCUUUGAACCCUAAAUAGUUUUUUCCUCUGAAAGGCCUCUGUUGUUCUGUGUUCCUGGUGCUUUAUAUGCUUAAAAUCCAUUUUGGGCAUUCCAGAGUUCGCCCACCACCAUAUUGUCUGUUUAUAUCCCAGAAUGCAUUGUGCCUGGCUGUAACAGCCAAUGGUAGACUGUUCCAUCAUCGUGUCAUGCUUUGCUGGACACCGCCUGUAGUUCUAAACUGAAGAGGAGAGCCUGAUUGGCUGAGUAGAAAGAGAAAGAGACACAGAGAGGCUGGGACGUGUCCUUUAGAGUCCUACCCGCUCCAGGACUUUUAGCAGAGAUGAUGUUUCUGCAGGUCUCUGGAUUGGCGUCAGCCUCACACUUCAAACGCUACUAGCCUGUAUAGUUGUGGUUAGCAUUGGAGACGCCAUGUCUGCUACCUCAUCUGGCCUCAGAUCUCAUUGGCCAAUCAUGAAUAUAAUGAAAACAAGCAGUGGAUGUAUGAAGCAGUCUUUCUGUCAGGUACAUCUCAGCCCCCCCUGCAGAAUCAUCCUUGAUAUUUGAACCUUCAUAUCAUUUUAUUUAUAGAAGGAAUAAAAAGUCAGCAAACACAGUGAACUGUUGGAGCCUGUGUAUAAUGGGUCACUGAUUUAAUCUGCAGCUCUCAUGUAUCACAGUCUACCAGCAGACAGAGCAAAUGUUUUUAUUAUGUCAGAAUUUAGGCAUUUUAACGAUCACAUUCAGAGAGAAACUGUCACACAGACCCUAUUCUUUUCUGCUAAGGUGGGUCCUCUGGUUCUUCUUCUCUGCUCUAAAAACAGUAGCUCCCACAUGCAGUGUUUUCUGGCAGCGAAGAAGAAUGAUUUCUGGUUUAUAGCGCAAACAGUUAGCAUGGCUAAAUGAAGCUAAAUAUAACGUUAAACCAAUCGGUAUCAGAUGGGUGCUAGACUUGAGUGCUCACCAAUGCCAACACCAGCAUUUAAAGCAAAAUCAGACGUAUUUCUGAGGCUGGGAUCAGAACCAGAACAGCUCAACUUUAAGCACUGAAACAGAAGCUUCCAGCCGGUCUUUACUUCUACAUUCUGCAUAGUCAAAGCUUUACCUGAUAAUCUGGGCAAUCAGUAAUUUUUUUCACAGUUGUUUCAUGUUGUUAUUAUUUCAGAUUAUAAGGAAAAACUAAAUUAAAUGCAGAAUGACUGAAGGUCAGAUAUAAAAGAUUGGCCCUACUACAGAGCGUUAAAAUCGUCUGUUUGUUCAUCAGUUAGAUCCUGUGUUUGCUCAUUACUGAAAGGUCUGAGCAAGUAGCACUGUCCAUUCCAGUCCUCGUCUUAAUUACAUGUAGCUCUGUCUGUGUAGAACUGUAACAUGAAUUUUAAAUACUCUCAGCCCCCCUGUAGCAGCUACCCCGUAGACUGUAAUACGGCGAUUCCUUCAGGGAGCAGACCGCAGAACGCCCCCCCUGCAGAUCCAUCACAGGUCCCAAAGUGGAAUCAUAUUCCUGUGAAGCCUCCACCCUCUGACAACAGUGACCAGGCCGGUGAGGAGUUUCUGAGAUGUAUUGCAGCAAACAAGCCCCUCCCAGACUAUCUCAAAGGGAACAUGGCGUACAACCUGGCAGAUGCAUUCAAGUCGGCAAGCAUCCUGCAAAAGGCCGUCAAAUCAGACCCUGAGUUUCACAAGCAUGUGACCAGGAGCAAAAGUCGAAGCCGCAGCCACGGCAGGAGUCGGGGCAGGAGUCGCGGCAGGAGUCGUGGAAAAUCUCGAGCCAAAAGCCGAGCACGAAGCAAAAGCAGAGCACGCAGCCGGAGCAGGGGAAGAAGCAAAAGUCGCAUUCGAGGGAAGAGUCGAGCACGAAGCAAAAGUAGAGAUAGAAGCAACAGCCAGAGCAGAAGCAACAAAAGCCACAUUCGGAGCAAGAGCCGGGUCAGGAGGUCCAAGUCACGCAGCAGCAGUAAGGAAAAGAGCAAAGACAAAAAGAGGAAAAGGAGCCGCAGCCACAGCAGCAGCAGGAGCAGAACUAAUCUGGCAGGAAGUAGUCUCCUAGAAGGACUGAAGCUGGUCAUGAGCAGCAAAGAACUGGAGAGCAGGCUCCCCGACCUCAAAGAUGCCAUCCUCACAAUCCAGGCCUCAGAUGAUGGGAAAAAAGGCGAGACAGCUGAAGACAAACAACAGCAAGAUAAAGGUCAAGAGGACUCGAUGGUGAUGGAUAACGACAGCAUGCUCCUUCCCCAUGAGAGAGUAGGCAGUGAGUUUUCUUGGCUCCAGGCACAAAGUCAAGAGGAGUCUGCUGCCCAGAAACCGGACGAGUUUGAAGAUGAAGAGUCUUUCUUGUAUGGAAAUGGGGAACCUGACAAAUCCCAGGAAAAACCUAGUCAGAACAGCUCUGUGUUCAGUAGCCUUCAGUUGUCUUCCUUAAACUUAGCCAGCCUGGACAGCAGUGAAUGUGAGAAGGUCAGGAACAUAUUAAAAGGUCUGGGUUCUACUGACAUCAGUAAAAUGAUGGAGGACAAGCAGCAGGGUUCUGCACUGUCAGCCUCAGACCCAGCAGCAGCAGCUUUGGCAUUGCCAGCUCUGAAUAACCCCAAUGUUCGCCAAGCUCUGGAGUCUCUGCAGUCGCUGAUCAAAGCGACAAAGGAGAAACGGGCAAAGACUGACAGCAGUGGUACAUCCUCUGAUAAACAUAAGGUGGGAGACUCAGAGAACAAGGAGGAUAAACACGCUAAAAUGGAAUCCUUGAUGAACCAGCUGGAAGAACUGUUAAAACAGGAUGGAUUGAGUUAUCUGACACCAGUGAUUGGAUUUUACUGUAAAAAGUGUGAGGAGUUCAUUGGAGAUCUGAAAACUGCAGAAAGCCAUGCAGCUGAGCACCGCCACAGUAAUAGCAGUCAGAAAGGCCAGACUGACAGGCGUGCCGGAGACGCCACGGAUCGACACACCUCGGACAGGAGAGAUCACAGGGACCACGGUUCCCAUAGAGAUGCAGGAGACUCCAGGAAUCACAGUGACCACAAACGGGAGCGGACAGAUGACCGAGGUCACAAAAGCAGACACGACAACGAGCACAGAAGCCACAGGCCCUCGCAGGAAAGCAUCUCCUUGAAAGAGGAGAUGAAGAAAGAGAGGAUGCUCAUAACGGUGUCACGUGGAUUGACGCCUCCUCUGAAUGUUCGGGUUAAGGAGGAGGUGGACAAGCAGAAGGCAAACAGAGGUAAAACAAGGGAGGAAAAUGUAGACAGGAAGGGGGAAUCAUCCAAGGAAGGCAGAGGAAAAGAUAAACACGGAAAAGAUGACGUCAGUGAUAGUGACGGUGACAAAGGCAGGAAAAGAACAGCAAAAUCACCCAGAAAGUACAGUGAGAGCAGUGACAGUAGUGACUCUGACAAAGACAAGAAAUCUAAAAGAAAAUCACCUAAAAAGAAAAAGAAGGAGAAAAAGAAGAAGAAGCACAAGGGGAAAAAGGAUAAGUGAUGUGUCUGUGGUUUUAUCAUUUCUUUCUUUCCUUUUAGUUUCUUUAUUUCUGUGAUCUUUGCAGAAGAUCGAAUCACUGCGUAAAGGAUCUGGGAGACAUGUUAAUGCAUGGAAUUCAUCAUCAGGCUUCAUCAGGUUCAGACAUGAGACUUCCUGGGUUAGGGUUAGCGUCUAAUCAAUGAGCCCUCACUUCUGUCAUGUUUGAAGUUUUAGUCGUCCAUACAGCCAACAUCAUGGUUCAUCUUUCUAAGGACCAACAACACUGCACUCAGACAUUUGAUCUGUGUAUUUUUACUUCAUCUGUCAGUCCCCUUCCUUUACCUUUGUGGUUUUUAAGAGCAAAUACAAAGAUAUGUUUGCAUUAAAUAAAACCUGU